CUUAGCAACAGCCUAACAGAGAAGAGAGUUGUGAGUUGACAGUUGGUAAAGAGGAGCUUGCUUUACUAAAGAAAGACAACCAUGUCAGAAGUUGAAGAAACAUUGAAAAGGAUCCAGUCACACAAAGGAGUGAUUGGAACAAUUGUAGUCAAUACAGAAGGAAUCCCAAUAAGAACAACACUUGAUAACUCGACAACAGUGCAGUAUGCAGGGCUGCUCCAUCAGCUCACAAUGAAAGCUAGAAGCACAGUAAGAGACAUUGACCCACAGAAUGAUCUGACCUUUCUCCGGAUCAGAUCAAAAAAACAUGAGAUCAUGGUAGCACCAGACAAAGAAUACUUGUUGAUUGUCAUUCAGAACCCAAGUGAAUAGCUUCUUACAUUGGAGCUGAUUUGUUUCAAGGAACAACUCACCACUGAAACUCCUGUGGCAUUCUGUAACCUUAUAUUUCACAGUCUGCACUGAACAGUGUAAUUAUCAAUAAGUUGUAUUUGUUACCUGGUGUACUCAAUGAGACAAAUCUGUCAAGUAGUUUUUUUCUUUUACUUGCAUAUUCAUUCACAUGUAAAAAAAAAUAAAUAAAUGAAUAAAAAUCCUCAAUGCCAA